UCUGUCUGGAAGUGUCCGACUCCGCGCCCCGUGUCUGUGCGCGACUCAGUCGGGCCCCUGAACGCCUUUACUUUUCCAGAGGUGUGGGAAGGAGACAGUCCCAGCGAACGCCGAAGCUGCUGGGGAGUGCACGGUGUGGCCAAAUUAUGCAGUGGGGGUCUUACUCGGAGACCCCCUGCGCCUACCCUUAGGCCCAGGAGCACUUGGAGAAUUCGGGGUCCCUCCCACCUGGAAUCGCGCGGUCCCCCUGCCAGAGAUCUGAGCCCUACUUUCCCGACAGUGAACCCAACAGGAAAGGCAGUGAAAUGUGCCGGCCAGCGGCCGUCCGCUUUCCUGGUGGCACUGUGGCCCCGCGCCAGACCAAGUGACUCUGCCGCCCCCUGCGGCAGCCAGGACCUGGUCUUCUCUGCUCCUUCGCGGGCCUCGACUCCCAGAACUUGAACCUCCAGGACCCACGGAGCCAGUCAGCCUCAGCGCCCAUCCCCAUAGUCAUGGAUGCUCUGGGUCCUGGGGGCGAUCGGGCCUCCUCAGCCUCUUCCACUCGCAGCUUGGACCUGCGACGACUGUCGGUGCGCGUCGACUCGGCCUACAGCUCUUUCUCCGCGGGCUGCGGCGGUCCUGAACCACGCUCGCCGUCGCCCGAGACCGACCCUGUGCCAUAUCUAGACUGCGACUGCAUGCGCGUGGUAUGGGGCGGCCCGGCCCCCGCCCCGCCUGCCGCCGGCCUUCUCAUGUGCCCGCGACCCCGGCCUGCGGCAGCCACGCUCUACGGGCCGCACCUCCCAGAGAUACAGGGGACCCCGGGGCCGCUCAACAGGCAGGCCACCCCGCUGCUGUAUGCGCUGGCGGCCGAGGCUGAGGCCGCGGCGCAGGCUGCGGAGCCGCCCAGCCCACCGGCCUCACGGGCUGCCUAUCGCCAGCGGCUGCAGGGCGCGCAGCGACGAGUGCUGCGGGAGACGUCCUUCCAGCGCAAGGAGCUCCGCAUGAGCCUGCCUGCCCGCCUACGGUCGGUCGCACCCGUGCGGCCCUCCACGGCGCAUCUGCGCUCCGCCUCGCUCAGCCACCCGGUUGGGGAGGUGGAGCCGGCACGCUCCGGGGCUCCGGCGCCAAGUACCGCCGGCCUAGGGCGCCUCGCCAGCCAGCAGCGGAAGUGGUGCUUCUCAGAGCCAGGGACGCUACAUCGUGUGGGUCAGGGCUCUGGGCCCGCGGGGGAAUGCUCGGGUGAGGCUUGCUCUCGCUCUGACCUCGCCAAGCCCAAGUCCCAGGAGCUGCCGCGUGGGGCUGAGUUCGAAGGCCACCAAAUCGGAUGGCUGCCCGGGACCCAGCCCCGAGGCACAUCAGACCCGGACCUGGGAUCCUUGAAGCUACAUGAGGCCUACAAGCCUACCAGUCGGAGUCAGAGCACUUCAGGGGAAGUCUUGGGCCGCUGGAGAGGCCCAGGUAGGGUCAUACCCAUUGUCCAGGCCAUUCCUCCAGGAGCAGAACCCCCCAGACCGUUGUGUCAGGCCAAAUUUUCCAGGUUCCUGACUCAGGAGGCAGUUGCAGUGGCGUGUCCUGCAGAAGACCCCCAGCAAAGCCCAGCCGACUGUGAGCGGAAGGUCUCAAAGACUUGCAUUGUGUCUGCCCGGCUCCCCUCCCUGUCUGAUGAUGACGUUUUCCUGGAAGAAGCCCCCCUGGUCAGAAUGAGAUUGCCUCAACACUCCUGUGCUCCCCAGGGGCUCCCAACCAGUGCUCAUGCUUCUCAUCAACAGUAUGGAGCUGAUCAGGACCAAAGUGCUGACCGGGCUACAGUCACCCCACAACACCCUGUCCGUGAGCCCCCAGAGGCUUCAGGGGCAGACAGCUGCUGGCAGGGGGUGAACGGUUCUGUGGGUGUCUCCAAGAUCACAUGCUGUAACAGCUCUGGAACUGCAAAUGGUGACAUUCCAACCAGUGAUCCCACUAGACUGCUGACCACUGACCCCCCUACAGCUGCAGAGAGUGACCACCUUAAGCCUCUCCCAGCUGAUUGCCUGGAACUUCCAGGCAAUGACACCCCAAGACCUCCUGACCACACUGCCCUACCCUGGGGCACUGGCAAACCUAGUUCCAGGCCAACAUGGCCCAGUCAGCGCCUCGAGGAGCUGGUUCAGGAGCUGGCCAGGCUGGAUCCCUCUCUGAGUGACAUUCUUGCCCCCCACCCCAGCCCAGAGCCACCCCUGGAUGUGCUGGAUGGACUGAUUCCUUUAGCUGAGGUCUGGGCUGCAAUGAGGCCAGCCUGUGGGGAGGCUGGAGAGGAGGCUGGUGGUACUUCUGAACCACAGUCCUGCCUACCCAGCUCUGCCCAGCUCCUGACAACUUCUCAGGACGAGACAAGGGCUGAAAACUUUACCAUGUGCCCUGUGCCUGAGCAGCCAUAUGGUCAGGGGCCCCCUGAGCCAACCAACAGCAUCCAGGCCAAGAAGGCGGAGCUGGCUGACCUCCUCCAAAAGAUGCUGCGGGACCUUCAAGCUGAACAGGAGCGGCUGCGCGGGGCGGCCCAGGCAUGCGCCAGGCGCAGGGCGGCUCUGGAGUCUGCAAUGGGCCAGGCCUGUGCACCUCAGGAGCUAGAACGGUUCAGCCGGUUCAUGGCCGACCUGGAGCGCGUGCUGGGACUUCUGCUUCUGCUGGGCAGCCGCCUGGCCCGCGUGCGUUGUGCCCUGGUCCGGGCGGGCUCAAACGGCGACCCUGACGAGCGGGCCUCUCUGCUGCAGCGACUCAGGCUCCUGCAGCAGCAGCAGGAGGACGCCAAGGAGCUGAAGGAGCAUGUGGCGCGGCGGGAGCGAGUCCUCCGCGAGGUGCUGAUGCGAACAUUGCCAGUGGAGGAGCUUCAUGCCUACUGCGCCCUGCUGGCUGGCAAGGCCGCUGUCCUGGCCCAGCAGCGCAGCCUGGACGAGAGGGUUCGCCUUCUCCAGGAUCAACUGGAUGCCGUCAAAAGUGACCUUGGCCAUCGCUCCCUGCUCUCUGGGCCGGCCAGGCCUCCAGGGACUCGACCUCCGGAUAAACCACCCUUCCCACCUCCUUUCUUCUAGUUACUGACCGUGGGAGAGGUGGGUACUGGCCCAGCUUCUCACCCACAUAACUGGGGGGUGAUACUGGUUUAUUUGGUGCUUUUCCCUUGUGGGCUUCAGGACGUUGGGGGACGGGGGAGACCUUGGAGGGAAGGCUUUUGCUAUCCCCAGGAUACUCCUUCCAAGUAUUCUUAUGUGGCCUUGCCCAAGUCAUGGGUAUUAUUAGGUAAUUAAUUUAUGGAUCCUAAAAACUGCAGUAUUCCCUUUUGGUGAUGAGAGAGGGGCUCCGUCACAGUUGUGGAAAACAGGAGACAAGCUAGAGGAGCACUUCAACUUCAGAUAUAAAAUGGCAUGUUUGUUUUUCCCAUAAAAAUUGAUUAGAGAAGUGUGUGUGUCACCUGGAGAAUAAUGUGGUGGGCGGGCCCUCUUGUUUACACACUACAAACACCAACCCUGACUGACUGGAGAAGAAAGGGAUUUGCUGAAAGGACAUGAGUCAGUACUGGGAGUCUCUGGGAAAACUACAGAACCAGGAUUGAAAACAGGAGGAACCAAGGGAGAUGCCGGCCCCUCAACUCCACUGCUUAAUAAACCCUAACUGUUCUGGUAACUGCACCACUCUGCAAAAGCCUAGGUCUGAUGGGUUAGCUGGUUUCUACCCAAGCCACCAGCCUCAGUUGUGGAAGCGGGAUUACUGCCUCCCUUCAAGACUAGGGAAUUUCCCCAAACUGAAAAUGGAUUCAGAUGCUUGAUGCCUAAAACCCCAGCAAAUAUCCAGUAUACUGGGCAUUUGGGGACAUUCAUUCUAAGACCUGAAAAAAAUUUUUGUACUCUUCCAAUUAUGUUAUCAAAACUGAGUUUACCCACCUUUCCUUUGGAAAGCCCACCGGUUUGGCCAGGCCUGAGGAGAGCAGCAGGAGCUGGGAGGGAGUGGGAGAAGGGGGCAAGGGGUGGAGGACCUGGAGACCUGCCAUGUGGGGGCUGAGGACCUGGAGAAGCAGCUUGGGUUGUGUGUCAGACUGAUGUGAGGUGGGUGGGGGUUGGUAGUGGGAAGUUAUGGGCUGGAAUGGUAUGAAAAUUAGGACACACUUGUCUCUUGCUGUGUACACAGAAUCUGUUAGGUUCUAAGAUGUCAUUAGUUGUUGUCAAGUCUGACUCAUGGUGGACCUAUGUGUGUCACAGAGUAGAACUGCACUCUAUAGGAUUUUCAAGGCUGUGGCUUUUCAGAAGCAGAUCGCCAGCCCUAUCUUCCCAAGCACUUCUGAGUGGGUUCACAGUGCUAACCUUUCAGCUAGUAGUCAAGCCCUUAACCAUUUACACCACCCAGGGACUCCAGGUUCUAAGAUAUGUAUGUGAAAAUCUGCUUCAGUAUUUGUAGCUGCAAAAAACUAGGGGCAAGAACAUUGUCCAUGCAAAUGUUCAGUUUAUUUUUGGAACCUGGGCACAUUGAAGCAUGUGUACGUGUAUUCAAAGCCAACUGACCCCAAAGUGAGAAAUUUCUGCUUCUGGGCUUGUUUUCUGAUGCUUAUUGUCAGUAAAUGCAACUGGUUCGGGAUUUUAAAUGGUCCUAUUCAUACCAAAAGCAUUAGUUUUAACAGUCGUGCUAUUGAGCACAGAACAAUGCUCACAUUGUGCCGUUUUAUAAAAAACAUACAGGGCUCCUGCUGAGGCCUUAGCGGGUUCUAACAUUAUGCUUUGGUUCUCUCCUUUGAACACUGUGGGCGGGGCCUCUCUCCAAGGUCCUCAGCCUAGGGCGCAGCUCACGCUGAUAGACCGGCUUUGAGUGGAAUCUACUUAUUUCUGCCUUUUGCCCUGUACAGUUCCCAUUGCGUUCUCCCAUUGUGAUAUUCUUAGAAAUACACAUAAUGUUGUCCAUGGUGCCAGUGGAAAUUGUGUAUUUUAGAUAAAGUACUCCCAGCCAGGAGGCAGACUCUGCCAUCAUUCUGUUAAACUGCACUUUGAUUCUAUGCUGGGUUCUUCCAUGGAGAAAUAUGAGGCUUCUGUGCUUGUCCCUGCCAGAUCGGGAGAGCCCCAAAAGUAGGGCCAUACCUUCCAUGCCCAUUCCUCCAUCUUGCCCCUCUCUGUCUCCUUCCUG